AUGGAGCUCGGAACUAUUAAAAACUCUUCAGCCCAUAAUCAUGGACAACAACUCGAUAAAAUCAUCCAAAUCGAACAACGAAACAAAGGAAAAGAUUACGUUAAACUCGAAAACUUUCCUAAUCUAAAAAGUUGUUACCAAAAAAGUUCAAAUGAUAUAAUGCAAACUCAUCAAGGUGAUAUUGUUGGUGCUUCUCUAAAAACUUUUCGAAGCUUAAAAAAAACUUUAUCGCGCGCUCGUUCCUCUCGAUACCCACCUUUACCUGCUAACCGUGCAGAAAUCACAAUUCCUGAUAAAUUGAGAAACAACUUCGACAAUGAAACUUUUUUUCGAAUUAGUGAUGGUGAUUCAGAAAAAAUACUUAUAUUUGCAACAGACAAAUUCCUAAAUUAUCUCAGCUCAUCUGAUCAUGUGUAUGCUGAUGGAACUUUUAAAAGUGUACCAAAACUUUUCCAUUCGUUAUACACUUUUCAUGUGAUGGUGAACGGAGUAAUGAUUCCAACGGUUUAUGCCUUGAUCCCGUCAGCUAAUUACAACACCUACCUUCGUCUUAUAAGAUUGGUACAGGAUUUGUGUGCUGCUAUUAAUCUGACCUGGAACCCUGAUUUUUUCACAACUGAUUUCGAAAUGGCCUCAAUGAAAGCAAUCAAAACAUGUUUUCCCGCCUGUACACUUAAAUCGUGUCUAUUUCAUUUUGGCCAAAAUAUCUGGAGGAAUGUGGUUAAGCAUCAACUGAGAGAUUUGUACAAUGAACAAAACUCAGAAGUUUAUAAGACCAUCAGGCGAAUUUCGGCCUUACCCUUUCUAAAUAUUGUCGAUAUUCAUGACACUUUUGAUUGGAUUGUCUCUGAGUCCCCUCAACUAGAUAAUCUUGAUGAUUUCAUUCAUUACUUCAAAUCUACAUAUUUACUCGAUGACUCGAGAUUUCCUGUUUCGACCUGGAACCAUUACAACGAUCGUGACCCACGGACAAACAAUCACGUUGAAGGUUGGCAUUUUGCUUUAAAUAAGAGUAUGGGAAGGAAUCACGCGAAUCUUUGGAUAUUCAUUGAGAAAAUAAUUCAACACCAAAACAGUUUUGAAACUAAUCUUCUUAUGGCCUCGUUCGGUGCAACAAUUAACGUUACUGAGCGGAAAACUCUGGACAUAAAUCGUCGAAUUCAAAACUUGACCGCAGAGUAUUCUUUAGGCCAUUUGACUCCGUUCGAAUUCAUUGAUAAGAUAAAAUACUACACAAAAUUAUCAGAUUCUAAUCGAAUUUCAAUUGUCGAUUAA